UGUAGUUCAGCCCAAGCUACCACGCUUCCUGCACUUGCUGCCCGUGUGCCCCCUCCUGUCAUGGCAGAGGCCAGCACCCAGAUCGCCGCCGACCCAAAGGCCGCGGCCACCUAUGGCGACGACUGGCGUUCCCAGCUCCAGCGAGACGCGCGGAGCAGGAUAAUCUCUAAGAUAAUGGAGACUAUGGGGGCGUAUUCGAGGCCCUUGGCGGUACCCGAGGGACUGGAUGAAAUCCUGAAAGCUGCUGUGCAACUUGAAAAAAGACCUAUGCCACAGCAGGAACGCAGUCAGAUUAUUUGCGGAAGAUUUCUCUCAAAAUGCUGGCUCUGGAGACAAGGCAGAAGCAAAACUAGGGUCGUUGUAGCUAGUUAUGGUGUGUCAUUUGUGUAUUAAUACAAAAUGAAUGACGUAAAAUACCUAAAAUAAGCCGGACACUUUGGAUAGAAACAUCAUGUCUUGUUUUUUAUUCAUGCAACGAGCAAUAUGUGUCUCUUCCUUCAUCUUCGA